AUGGAUGUUCGACGCGACACAUUAAAAUCUUUAGCAAACCCAACACCUUUCGAUCCAAUUUCAACUGAUCCACCACCACCAAUAUUUCCUACACAAGAACACACUCAGCCACCUUUUAACAUCGAUACCAGUUCAACAUCUAUACCUAUAGAAACUAAUAAAUGGUAUGUAAAUAUGAUGUUGGACAAAGGUCAAAAUCCCAUUUGGCCAUUACCAUAUGGAUUACGUUGGGAAAAUAAUCAACCCGGUCAAACUGAUGGAUUUUUUGGUUUGUCCAUUUCUCACGUCGACGACGAUGAAAAGGUUUUUGGACCAGAUGCAAAAGCAGAUCCAGUACAAUACUAUUAUAGCGUUUAUACACCUAGUAUAAUUGUUUCAGCAAAUGAAUUGGCCGGCGAUAAUCAAUUAAUCUUAUCUGACAUGACACAAUUCUCCACAAAUAUUUAUCUUUACCCAACUAAAACCAACGCAGAUCCAUCGUCGCCCUCUUUAAAUUUUCCGGUUACUCGUGGAAUGUCUUUUACCACUGUGAGCUAUAAACAAUUGUCGCCUGUAUUUUAUUCAGGCAUAGGUUUUAAAACAAUUGAUCAACAACCACAACAGCUUCCCACUGGUUGGAUAAAAUAUCAUGUAGUGUUGGAGAAUGAUAUUACUUGGCUAAUAUAUAUAAAUAAUGCUAAAGCUACAUUAGUGCAACUUUCUCAACAAAAAUUGGAACUCACCCUCAACGGUAAUGGCAAUAAUUUGUUUGAUGGUAUUAUACAGAUCACUAAAGUGCCAAAAGGUGAUGACGGCCAAGCAGAAUCAUUAUACGAUCAACAACAUAGUGUUUUUCCAAUUGAUGCUGAAUUGGAUAUAGAUGUAGAUCCACAAAACGGAGGUACUUAUUCGUUGAAUUGGAAAGUUGGCGGUAACAAUACAAUACAACCAUUAAUAUUUGCAUUACCACAUCAUCAAGAAUCAUUCGAUAAUUCAUUAUCAGGGUUAUCACCAACAAAACUAAUAAUGACUUCACCAGCCCAGGGAGAAUUAUUGGCAUAUGUUGGUAACGUUUGGCAAUUAAAAGAACCAGAAUUUAGUGGUACAGAAUUCUUGCCAACAGAUUGGGAAUCUAAACUUUCCGAUGCCAAUCGACAAGUGAUUUUGGAUCAAGCUAAAAUAGAUUUAGCAUUGGAUUUCGACACUGAGACAACAAGCAAUUCAACUUAUUUUUCAGGUAAAUCGUUAGCCAAAUUUGCUGCACUUUGUUUGGUAAUAAGUGAUGUUUUAAAAGAUCCAACACUUUUUAACGAGUGUUUUGACAAGUUAAAGAAAACAAUGGAUACGUAUCUAAACAAUCAGCAACAAACAAAAUUAGUUUAUGAGACAACUUGGAAAGGCCUAGUUAGUAAUGCUGGUUUCACUUCACAAAAUCCAAUUGAAGAUUUCGGCAACACUUGGUACAAUGAUCAUCAUUACCAUUAUGGAUAUUAUUUAUAUACAUCAGCAAUAAUAAGCCAUUUUGACGAAGCAUGGGGACGACAAAAUCAAGCAUGGGUUAACACCUUGUUACGCGAUGUAGUAAACCCAUCACCACUUGACACGUUCUUUCCAACGUAUAGGUCGUUUGAUUGGUAUGCAGGACACUCGUGGUCAAAAGGUAUUUUUCCAUCGGCAGAUGGCAAAGACGAAGAAUCUACCAGCGAGGAGUUGAAUUUCUACUACUCUAUGAAAUUAUGGGCAAUCACAAUCAAGAAUGAUCAAUUAUUGAAAUUGUCCAAUUUAAUUAUUUCUAUAUUGAGACGAUCACUUAGAAAUUAUUUCUUAUUGGAAGAUGAUAAUAAAAAUCAUCCAUCGAAUUUCAUUAAAAAUAAAGUCACCGGAAUCUUGUUUGAAAAUAAAGCAGAUUAUACCACUUAUUUUUGCCCUAGAACAGAAUGUAUUCAUGGAAUUCAAAUGUUACCGAUGACACCAAUGUUACCAUUUGUACGAUCUAAAACUUUUGUAACGCAAGAAUGGCAACAAAAACUUGCAACGAUAGUUGAUGGGAUUACAGAUAGUUGGAAGUCAAUCCUUUACAUGAAUUAUGCGAUAAUUAAUCCUGUAGAUGCUUUUCAAUUUUUCCAAAAUAACCCAUCGACUCCAUUAGACGAUGGACUGACAAGAACUUGGGCAUUAUUUUGGAGCUCUGUACAAUAA